AUGCCAAAGAGAAAGGUCACAUGUGAGGCGCGUGACCAAGUUGCGCGUGGCCUGUCGGUUCGAGGAGCCUCCGAAAGAGCUGUGAACCAGCUUUGGAACCUCUGGCAUGCUGAGGACGAACAAAUUGCAAGGGGAAGUUUCCAAAGAAUCGUGGACAAGGAGCUGCAGCCAUGGAAAGAGGCUACCAUCAACGUGGCAUUUCCUACCUAUGAAGGUGGGCAGGUGGUGCUACCCAUUGUGGAUUUGAAACCAACCUUGCAGAGAAUGGCACAUGAGUCGCCGGCAUUCACAAAGGCUUUAGCACGGGCGCUGCUUGGUACUGGCGUUUUGACGCCCAUUUUUUAUUGCGAUGAGUGCCAGGCAGGAAACAUAUUGUCUGUGGAAAAAUUGCGCAAGGCAAACAUAUGGUACAUGUCCUGGUUGCAGUGCUGGCAUCACCUCAAAAGCCCUUCGAUGUGGAUUGUUAUCUGCGUCGUGCAAUCAGCAUGUUUGCAAGGCAGCUCCGCAAUCGUGGGAGGUAGCUCAGCAAUCAUGAAAUCCAUUUUGGAACACCUGGUCAGCGGUGAGCAUGAAGCUGGCUGGUUGCUGACUCCAGAGGUCCACUUCAAACAAAACCAAAAAGCUUGGUUUCUGGGGCACAAUGACGCCAUCAGGUCGGUGUUUUCGCUCAAGGGGAGCGCAGGUCUCAGACCUUGCGUCCUUUGCUCCAACGUCGUGAAGGCAACUUCUUCAAGCUUCCUCAAUGACAGCACAUGGAAGGAUGUUGGGGCAUCAGGUGGCUUCAAAGUCAGCACAGACCAAGAGAUCUUUGGCCAUUGUGACAAAUUGAAGAGCUUCAGAACGAAGGCGGAGAGGGAGAUCUAUGAGAAAGCUUCGGGAAUUGUCUUCGAUGAGGCGUCCUUGAUGUUUUCAGAAGCUGAAAGAACAAAGCUCCCUCCUUCACGUGUCAUGAAUGACACUAUGCACUGCUACAUGACAAAUGGAUGCGCGAGCUGGGAGCUUGCCAUAUUUUUGCAAUCUGUUUUUGAUCAUACUCAUGUGACGCUGGAAAUUCUCCAAGGAGCCGUAGCUUCUGAUCAGUGGAUGGGUCUGAAGGCCAGUGGCAAAACACAAAACUAUGUGAAAAAUUUGCUCAAUGCCAAGAUGUUCAGUGACGACAACUUUAAAGGCGAGGCCCACCAGACAGCAGCGUUGGUACCAUUGGUCCGGUACUACAUGGAAACUCUCAUAGAGCCAGCGAGCCGUGUGCCACCCGCUUGUGUCGAAUCCUUUCGGUGUCUGUGCAACAUCGUAUCCUUCAUUCGAGAAAUAUCUCAUGGCCUCUACCCCCUUCACGAAGCAUCCAUGCAGCAUUUUGCUGCCCUACAGCAAAAGCACCAAACGCUGUUUGCAGCGGCAUAUGGUGAGCAGCACAAGCCCAAGCACCAUCACCGAAUGCAUAUCCCCACACAAUGGUUGGCUGCUGGUGUGCCGGUGAACUGCGAACCACUGGAGUCGAAGCAUCGGUUGUACAAAUCUGGGGUUGCUGACAGGCAAGUGGGGCAAGUCAGAGACCACGAAAGUUUUUCCGCAUCUGUGCUUUGCCGGCUGCUGCAAACAAGUCUAGACAUUGUCAAGAAGCAUGGGCUGCCUUUUUGGGAACUGCUUCCGCCCAUCAAAGAAGCCAGCUUGGAUGACAAAAUCUUUCUCGCGACUACCAGUCUCCAGACAAGCCAACGCGACAUCUUGUGUUGGCAGCACGAAGCUGGCAUCGUCUCUGAGUGGUUCUCACAGCCGGACCAUGGCCUUUUUCUGCGCUACACCAAGUUGGCAUUCGUUGCUGGGCUGGGUGGAACUUCUGGGCACGACAUUGAUGCCGAUGGAAUGGCAUGCCCGCCUGUGGCCCUUGGAGACCCAUCUCAGUUGCUGAAGAAAAUGAACCCAUACAGGCGCCGUGCCUUCAAAAAAGACAUCGAGAUCAUCCAGGAUGUCCUCCCGAGCCUGAAGCACUUCGACCCGGCGCUGUUCAACGAAGUGCUGCUGUUGCUGUUCCUGAGGCUGGUUAUGGGCGGUCCUUUGUUUCGCGGCGCGGCGUGCUUGGAUUUCUGUGUGAAACCCAAGGGCGCCCGCCGGACGUACGUUUGGGAACAUGUGGAUUCUCCGUGGCUUUCGUGGUCCAACAGCGUUGAGGUGGCAUUUUGGUUUGCCGUGGCGCAGGCCAAUGCAGGUGACUGCCGUGUUCUUGCUGUUCUUCGGCCCGGG